GAGUUCAGCCUCAACGCUUUCCCGUACACCAUUCCUUUGUCGGUAUGUCAACAAGCAAUGAUCGCGUAUGCCAGUUACUCGCAACAUUGGCCGGAGUUCCACUCUACCAGCGAAGUCAAUAUAAUCGAUGUGGAGCACUACUUGCGCGAUACCUAUGCCGAAAUCGAGUAUUUUGCUCGAUUCGCUAUGUCACUACAACCAUUCGCUCAACUCCCUAAAGACCAAAAGUGGCUCCUAUUCCGGAAUUUCUGGCCAGGUUUCUUCGAGUUGGAUCGAUGUUUCCGCACAUGCAAGGUACUAGGCUACGACAUUAAUGAUGAGCGAACGGUAUGUUCAGAUGGGACGAUUAUGAACCCUCUCGGUGAUGUGAUUCGGCUUGAUACCGUAUCCGAUCUCAACGAGGAACAAGUGAGAAAACUAUUGAAACCUUCCCAUGAUCUAUUCCGUGAAUUGGUCACUUACCCAUUCAAGCGGUUGAUGCCGAAUGAAUUCGAGCUCUUGUACAUGGUGAUUAGUUGUAUGUUCAACGUAAAAAAUAUCCCAGGUGUCACAAAAGAGACAAUCGAAGUGGCUGAGCAGGUCAAAUGCCGAUUGGCAGAAGAUGUACACAGUUACUACACAUACGAAUUACGUAAACCAAACUAUGCUUCACGUCUUCACAAAAUGAGCAGUAUCGUAUCAGCAGUCGAUAAGUUGCAAGAGCGUCGAAAAGAGGACAGCCAACUUUCGCGAAUGUUCAAUAUCUUCAAGCAAGACGUCUUCAUGAGUGAAUUGUUUUGA